AUGGAAACCUUUCACAAUUAGUCUCAAAUAUAGUUAGAUCAAUCUCUGUAUAAAAAAAUAUUUAUAUAAUGUAAAAUGGAUAAAACAGAAGAUCAUGAUACAUUAAAAAACAAAAUAAUAGAAGGGCAACAAAUUAUGGAUAAUUUAUCAGUUGAUAAACAUGUAACUGAGGAAGAAUUUCAAAACUUUAUGCAUCGCGUUACCGAAGUUGAAAAAAUUGUGAAAAAAUUGGCAUCUUCCAAUCCUGAAGAACAAGAACAUGGACAAAUAUUGGCAGAUGAAAUUUUGGAUGGACGAUCGGAAAAUAUUAUUUGCGAUGAUACUGAAUUAAAAAUAAAAAUGAAUCGUACAAUGAUUAAUAAAUGUUCAAUUAACAAAAAUUCUACUAAUGAAGAAAUGUCCAAAGAAGCGUUUAUGAAAAGCGUAGAAAAAGAUGCAAAAGAAAGGGCGGAAAAUAGAAAGAUUAGAAAUGAACGAGCGGAAACAUUGAAAACAAUUGGUAAUGGGGCAUUUAAGGAAAGAAAUUAUGAGAAAGCGGUAACAUAUUAUACUAAAGCGCUAGAACAGCGAAAAGAUUCAACCGUAUUAUGGAAUAACAGGGCUUUGUCAUAUAUUCAGCUUGGAUUAUUCGAGAAAGCCUUAAGCGAUUGCGAAUGGGCAUUAAAAGUUAAUAACACGAACUUGAAAGCCCUAUUAAAUAGUGCUAAGUGUUAUAAACAACUCGGAGAUGAAACGAAAUACAAAGAAUAUAUUCUAUUAGCAAAAGAAAGAAAUCCACAUUUAAUGAAUUUUAUUAAUGGUACUUUGUUGAUGUUUUUUUACAUUGAAAAUAUUUCUAUCAUAAUUCUAAAUUUUUAUUUAAUUUAUUGUUACAGAAUUUGAAGAAAGUUUGGAAAUGCGCGUUAAAUAUCAAGCUUCAUCUGUUAAUAAUAUUAAUUAGUAAACAAUAGAAAUAUUUCUUAUGCAGUAUGAAUAUUUCUUUUGCAAUAAUUUAAAAUGCAUUUAAAAUCUGGUGUCAAGAUGGACCUAUUUUUGUCGCAUAACCUUCUUUAAUCUCUGAAAGAGAUCUAGGUUCAUGCAAAAAGACUGUACAUUCAAUACCCUGAAAGAAUUUAUUACUAGAAUUAUUUAAAUUUGUCAUAUUUUAUAGUACAAAUACUUAUACCUGCAUACGUGCUGCUCUAACAAAUCCCUCAUUUGCAGAUACCGUAAUGCUUUUCAUAUGUUCUCCUGUUGCAAAAACUAAUCUAGAUCUGUCUUUAAUUUUACCACCUAAAUUUAACUU